AAAGGCUGUAUGUAAAACUUACCAAUAUUUGAUAUUCAGCAAAGCACACAAACGAAACCUUGUCGUUAUAACUUCCACAUGUAAUACAUUACACUGAAGACAGGAUAUUCAAAUAACCAAAGUGAACGAUUAUGGGAAGUACGAUGAACUAGGAUAAUAAUUAAUAAUUAAUUAAAAAGAAAACUAGCUAAGAGCCAGAAGUCAUAAAAUAUUAUGAUGCUAUUAUAAAUAUACAUACUCUUUGGUUGCUAAAAGAAAAAAUUUAACAGUAACAACAGAAUGAAAAUUAGAGAAGUUAAUGCACUACUUCUGCAAUUACUACUUGGGUUAACUGCAGCGUUUCUAGUGGUGAUGAUAUGGUACACCUCAAACACCAGCAGCUACAUUCCAUCUGGAUAUAUAAAACCACCAUAUGAAUAUCAUAAACUUAGGAGAGAUGUCAGCCAGAUGUCAGAUAUCGAUAUCAGUCAGUCACCAGAUGUAAGGACUUCUUUCUUGACACGGACACUCUUCAAAAAAUACAACGAAACAAUGGAAAAAAUUGUCACUUCAAUGUUUGAUGAAUACCAUCCGCUGACAAGGAAUAACACCUUACCUUUCAUGAAGGCCCCACUGCAGAAUGUUGAUCAAAUUACAACAUUGGAAAAUGAAACAAAGAAAGGUGACCUAAUCGAGAAAAAUGAUACAAAGAAGGAACCACAAAAACCUCCAGUUGGACAAACUGAUCAAAAGAUAUCUCAACAAGAAUAUUUAGAUACACCCAGACCUGACGAUAAGCCUCGAAGAAUAUAUUUAGAACAUGGCACAGGACGGCUUGGAAACAAACUUUUUCACAUUGCAGCUGCAUAUUCUAUAGCAAUGGCCAACAACUUGACCCUUUAUGUACCUUAUGACACCGAGGUGAUACGGAUAUUUAAUGUAACACAAUUUAAAACAUACACAGCAAAAGAUUAUGCUGAUUUCGCCAAAUCUGGAGCAAAAAUACAACCAAUAAAGCAUAUCAGCUAUAACAGCUCAUUUAUGAACCUAACGUGGAAGUACCACGUUAAGUUACAUAAAGGGGGUGUACAGACAUACAUGUACUUCUGGACGAAAUACCAGCCACAUAUAAGGAGCUUGUACGUCUUUAACAAAUUCAUACAAUAUCAAGUAAAUGCAUUUUUGCAUGGACUGCAGCAAAAAUAUUCAAAGCUUGGUAAUGUGACUUACGUUGGGAUUCAUUGUCGUAGAGGAGACCGUGCAUAUGAUCCUGCAGUUAUUAAUGCUGGUUAUAAAGCCACACCAAAGGCUUACUUCCAAAAGGCUAUAGAUUUAACACUAACAAGAUAUAAGACCCCAAUUAUAUAUGUUGUAGCCACUGAUGACCGAGGGUGGACUACAGAAAAUUUACGACCUCCAGGAAAAAAUACAUUUAUAGAACAUACACCUUAUGGAUUAACUGCUGAAUAUGACAUGGGUAUUUUAUCCAGUAUGAACCACACAAUUAUGUCAACUGGAUCAUUUGGAUGGUGGUGUUCCUAUUUAGCAGGGGGAGAUGUUAUAUACUAUAACAAUCCAUUUGUGCCUAAAACGACACGUGGGAAAUCAUGGAAAAGGUACUUCAAAAAUGAAAUGUAUCCCAAAGAAAAAAAUUGGAUCUCAAUGGGGUAAAAAACGUCCAAACUCCUCAAACAAGGCCAUGUUUCAAGCAGAAUAUUUAAAGAUACCAUGUUAAAAACCUUUUAUAAUUUUCUUAAUAUAAUUUUACCUCAAAAUACCUCUUUAAAUUUGUACUAUCAUCAUUAGUAGUUGAAAAUAAUUAUGUAUUGAUCAUUUUGCCAUAUUUGGAAACUCUUGUAGCAAAUUCCUAUACUACUGUUAAUAAAACUAAUAAUGGCUAUGGCCUAUUGCAUUGAUGAAAGUAUAGUAUAUGUGUGUACUAGGGGUGAUUCAAAAGUAUUACACAACAAAAGCGUAAAGGUAAACUUCAAAUCAUUCAAUUGUGAGAUUAAGUCUAUGUCAAUCAAUCAAUAUAAUAAUCAUCAAUCAAUAUCUCAUUGUGCAUAAAUAAUCCAAACGAAUGCAUUAAACUUCUCAUUUUCUCGAGACCAUAUUCAACAUAAAAGUCGCAUGUGCACUCAUUAGAACUAUGCACUCAUUAGAGAGAAUAUGGUAGGUUCAAUUGAAUUCCUAAUCAGAAAUGACAAAAAAUAUUCAAGACAACAAAAAGUGACUUCAAACUAUACAUCCCCUAGUAACCAUAUUUAAGCAUUACUCACUGGUGAUCCACUCGAUUACGCUGGUUACCAAAACGAACCGUUUUGGUAACAAAAUGUCGGAACGUCGAAGGCACGAUUUUUCUUUUUUCC